AUGGAUCAAGGAUGGGAAGUAAGUGAAGAACACUACUUGGAACAUUUGAUGUAAAAUCCUCCUCUGAAUUUGAAACGGCAAGGAUCAUAAUAACUAGAGAAGCCUACUGUUGUGGUGGCUCAGGAAUCACCAAAAACAAGAAUGAGAUUCAGAACCACCUCUAUGCCAAAAUUAGAUGAGAGUAAUAAACCUAGUUCUCCUACAAAAAAAAGUGUAGUAGAAGUCUAACCCAAAGUCGAAUAACAAGUUAAAUAGCAAGCAUCUCCAAUAAUUAUAAAAACUCCUAUUAGAUAAUAGAAAUUUUAAUUAUAUCCUUAGCGAAUAUCUCUUAGAUCAACUCUCUAUCAAACUCCAGGGGAGGAAGGCAGUCCGAUAAAAUUGGGGAGAACUCUUUAACCAAAGCAAUUCAAUCCAAUUUUGUCGAAUGUCAAUGAUACACACUACAAUGUCAUGAAGGGAUAGACUAGGUCAGUAAAGAGUGCAUCAAUGAGCAAUCUAUUGAAUAAUGAGGAUCGUUUGUUAUACAAAAAGAAAAUCGAAGAUCUUGUUUUCAAAAUGAGACCACAAAGGAAUGCAAUUCCGUAUAAACUACUGCAGAUGUUACUCUACUAAGAAAAAUCUAAAAAUGAAUGA